UACCAAUCCAAUUCUUCAUUAUAGUUACAUGUGCUGGUAUAGAAAUGGCCCGUGUGAGACAGAACAUUGAAUCUGCUAUUAAUAAGAAGAACUAUGAAUUUGCAACCGUUCAGUGUAGGAGAGGUGCUAACCUUUUGCUGUAUUGUCAUCAAGUAAAAGACCUAAGCAAAUAUUAUCAGGGCUUAUAUGCUUCUAGAGCAAAGACUGCCCCGUCGGAACCAACCCAGGAUACUUUUGUCUUCCUUGAUUUCCUGGAGAAAACUCUGCACUCUCGUACAAUUAAACAGUUUGAUAAUGCAGAUAUUGAUGCCAUUUUAGAAAAUGUACAUAAAAUGGAAGAAGAUGAGGUGAACAAAUUUCUUCUGGAAAAAUCUAGAUCUUCUAAAUCCUGGCCAAUGCUAUACUUUUUUCUCGGUGGAACAAAACCACGACUUAGAAAAUUCAAUGCUUCCCACAUGAAUAUUUCAACUUUAUUGAAAUCAAGACAAUCUAAUGAAAUCAAUAGAUCAUCUGCUCUUGAAUUAUUAAUGAAUCUUCUGAGGAAUGGUCUUCUCUCGGGACAUGAUAGUGCUGUGAAAAUUCACACAAUCCUGCAACUGACACUAAAUAUUGGUUCUCUUGAUGCUUUAGAUUACGGCCUUAACAACAAGAACAUCAAUGUGGUGAACGCCAGAAACGAGACUCUAUUGCAUUCCUUGGUACAAACUGAAGUUGAAGAUGUUCAGUUUUACAUAAAAGUUGUCAAACUGUUGCUGAGGAAAGGGAUUAAAAAAUCACUGAAAGACUCCCAAGGUCGAAAGGCAGAGGAUCUCGUCUCCAUUUUAAAGCUGCCGGGAGCACUUCUCAAAGUGGAAAAUAUCAGUAAGAUAUACAGUUUGAUUUCCUUCCAUCGUGUUCUUGCU